AUGGCGGGCUCGCCACCGCCUAGCACGUCACCCUGGAAACCCCUCCAAAGAAGCCGCAGACCCCAGCUCUCCCUCCCACCACUCCACCACAAGCUCAUCACAACUACCGACAAGUCCGCCCGCCUGACCCUCCAUGUCACAGACCUGACGACCCUCUACACCGCCACGCUCAGCCACUCCGCCAUCACCGCCGAAGCCACGCGCAGCCACUCGCCCAUCGACCCGGCCGAAAGCGCCAAGCAAUUUACUGUGUUGCUCACCUACCUCUCCCAAUCCCUCGCGGGACAGGGCAACACCCUCGCCCGCAGCGACGACGACGAUGAUGAUGAAGAGACCGCCAAUCUCGCCCUGCGCACUUCCAUUGCGCUCCCCAAGCCCUUGCCCCCCCUAACAUUCACGUUCCGGCUCACGCGCCAAUCGCCUGCGGCGUUUUCGGGCAUCGUGCUCCGGCCGGCGCUGCAUGCGACGCAAGUUCUUAGGGGGAAGCUCCAGAAGUUGUUGGAGGUGGUGAGGGAUAAGGAUCAUGUGAUUGCGAGGUUGUUGGAGAGGGUGGGGAGUCAAGCGAGUGGGGAUAUGAGUUUGGUGUUUCCGACUUUGACGGGGAGGAAGGGGAGAGGGGGGGAGAAGGUUGGGGUGGAGGAGGCGGGGAGGUGGGUGCCUGGGUUGAGGGAGUUUGAUGGGGAGGAGUGGGAGGGGGAAGAGGGGGAGGGGGAUGGUGUUGAUGGGUUGGUUUUGCAGGGUGCGGCGGAGGGGAAUGUGGAGAGUGAGGAUUGGGUUGGGAGGUUGCCUGGCUUGGAGGCCUUAGAGGACGGAGGCAAAGAGAAGGCGGGGUUGAGUAGGCAGGUGACGAAGGAGACGACGAUGGCCCCGCAGAUGGAGCAAUCGGAUGAGGAUGCUACGGACAGUGAGGAUGAGUUUGAGAGACAGCCCACGCCGCCGAGCGCAAGGAAAGGGGGUAGGACUACGGCGUCGCCUCAGGCAACGACGAAGGAGAAACGGCCCACAAAGUCUCCGGAAACGUCGUCAGACGACAGCGAUGCGCCACCAGCUAAGAAACAGAAGACUUCGGCGGCGGAUGGAAAACGAGGCACCAAACUGGGCGGUCUGGGACGCAACAAGACGGGAGCAAGUGUCACACCAGCGCAAGACUCUUCCUCCCCGGAACCCGAAGCACAGCACCGGCGACGUCAGCCGUCUACAUCCCCCGCAUCUGAAGGCAGGCGAGCCUCCAACGCUUCCACGGCUACAGCAACCGAAAGCGACGAUGAGCCGCAACCGCUGUGGCCUACCACACGCUCCAACGCCAGAGAUCAGCACCAGUCCAGCUUCCCACCCGCCUCCUCCCCGCCCGCGACGCGCGCAACAUCCAAACCCCCGCGUCUCGGCGGCUUGAAGGGCAAGCCGAAGCCCAAACCUGCCGACUCGGCCACUUCCACACCUUCCCCCGAGCCAGUGUCGCCGGUCAAGAGGUCAGAGUCGGUGUCGACAACGCCCUUGGCAAGGAAAGGGAAGCUCGGACGCCUCGGCGUUGGGCGGAGAACGCGCACGCCAUCCGUCGAGCCCGAAGCAACGCGGAAUUCGCCGGCACAACCAGCUUCGGAGACGCCGACGCAUAGGUUGGGCAAGUUGGGGAUGCGCCGUAAGGGGAUGGGACGGGGGGCGACGCCGGAGAUGGAGACUGUCGAAGAGACUGAGGGUGGACAUGGUAGUAGGCAGUCUUUAUCCGAAGAAGAGGAGGAUCUAGACCAGGGAUCCACCGCGAAUCAACGUCACAGCGCGCGUCAAUCUGGCACGGCGGCGGCAGAGCUACAUAGGGAUACCCAGCAUCGACCAAUCACGGAGGAGGCGAAGAGUCAGCAUAACGGCAGAAAGGGGCAAGACACAGAGCAGGAGGAUGAGGUUUCCAGAGACAGAGAGCCUGAGACGGCCGAGCAGGCGGCGGCAAGGAGGCGGGCGGAGUUGAAGUCUACGGCGGCGAAGGCGCCGGCGAAGAAGAAGCGGCGCUUUUGA